AUGGCCCACGCCGCAACUCUUGGGGCUCUCACUGGAGAGCUCAUCGAAGCUGUCACAGGGCUUCCUAGCAAGACAAGAUCCAGGAGAUACAAAGAGCUUUACGAUGCCACCUUGGCGACAAUCAAAUCCCAGGCAUACCUCCGCACGAACCAGUUCGAGGUACAACACGCUCUCGAUGGACUGGAAGAACGCUUUCGAGUGAACAAUCGAGAUGACCUUGCCGACGAAUUCCGCAACAGCUUGGAUCGACUGGAGGCGCACGCCACCAAAUGGCACCCAGAAAUAUUCGCUCUGCUCCUCGGGCUAUCUGACCAACCGACUUUCAAGACGAAGCUCAGCGACCUUGACGCUGUACGAUUGCGCGAAGAGCAGCAAAAGGAAACGUUUAGCUGGGAAGAGAUCGCUCGAGAAGAUGGCUGGGAUGAGGACGAGCUUUUAUGGCAGUCGAUUGAUUACGCGCAAGAAUCUGGAGACGAAUCUAUCGAAGACGAGCCGGACGAAACGCCCAUAGAAGCCACGCCAUUUUAUACCAACGAUGUCGAUACCAAUCUACAUAAGAAGGGGAGGACUGCCGCCGAUUGUGUCGUUCAGCCCGAGGACACAGAGCUGCUGAAAGCUGUGCAGUCGACGCAACAGUGGCGGAUUGAGGUACCCCAGAAAGAUGAUAUAGGACUUAUCCAGAAAAUUGUCAUACCAGAGACACAAGUCGUCCGAGAAGUUCUCUCUAUGCUGCAGGGCCUGAAAACGACCCUUUUUAACGACACCACCGGCUUACCUGAGCCGAAUUUCCACAUGCAAAAUAUCGCCUGGGAGACAUACAAGGCCGUGAUACGCAACAUUGCAGAUUCUGGCCGGCGAAUUCUGCUACUUUGGAGGUUUGUCAGCCAUCCACAGGUCAUUCCGCAUCUUCAGGCGUUUCAAGACUGCAUCACAAAACGGCUUCGAGAUUUUGACACAAAGCUCUCGCAAAUAGAGGCUCGCUUUGCCGCCCCUACGGGUGAGGUGAUGUUUACCUUGCUGUCGGUCAUUGGAGAAAUCACACCAUGGCUGCAACCGCUUCUCAUCUUGUCCGACAUCAUCGCACAGAUUCAGGAGACUUCCAGAUCGGAUACGUUUCGGUAUUUGGAGCUCCUUUACGAUGAAACUACCCUGGCUCAGAUGAGAGAUGACAUGGCUACCUAUGAAUUUCUUGCCCGAAUCUUUCUCGAAUGCUUUCAGGUAUAUAUCCGCCCGAUUCGUCACUGGAUGGACGAGGGGCGUAUUUCAUCUGAAAACGAAAUCUUCUUUAUUGUCGAAAGACCGAUAAAAGUACCCAUGAGCCAUAUAUGGCAAGACCGCUUUAAUCUCCGCCAGACCGCUGACGGGACAUUACAUGCCCCAAAGUUCCUCAAACCUUCAGCGCACCGAAUAUACAAUGCCGGAAAGAACAUUGUUGUGCUGCGGCUCCUAGGCAAAUAUGAGCUAGGUAGCUCAUCCGCAGCUGAAGAACCAUCCCUGGAUUUCGAGCAUGUCUGCCCGGAAGGGCUUGGUCUGGCUACAUUCCCUGAUCUUUUUGGUGCUGCCUUUAACCGAUGGAUCCAGAGCAAAUAUCGUAAGACUUCUACCACUUUGAAAGAUGCUCUUUUUGAUAUGUGUGAGCUCUCAUCAUCGUUGGAUGCAUUACAGGCGCUGUAUCUCAUGUCAGAUGGAUUUGCCACUGCAUCGUUUGCAGAUCACUUAUUCGAUAAGCUGGAGAACCUGAAUCCGGUUUGGUAUGAUCGCUUUGCUCUUGCUGGAACUGCACAAGAUGCCUUUGCGCUGCUGCUUGACACGAGCCGCUUAUCUGUGGGUGUUAGUGUUCAGGGCACACGUAUGACUGUAUCAGACGCCCGAGGUUCGAUUAGAGCGGCCUUGCCAUAUGUUAUGGUGGAUUAUCGACUGGCAUGGCCAAUCCGGAUUGUUGUUUCUGAAGAGAGUAUUGAAAACUAUCGAUCCAUUUUCAUUUUUCUAUUACAGCUUCGACGGGCUAUCCAUGUCCUGCACAAGCCUAGGAUUCUGGACAAUUUCCAGACCGAUAACCCUCUUUGGGACGAACGUGCUUUGUUCUACACUGCUCGGAGCAAGUUACUGUGGUUCUGCACAACUCUUCAGUCAUACUUGGCAACGCUCGUCUUAGAACCUAAUGAGAGGGUAAUGCGGCGUGAUCUCUUGUUGGCUGAAGAUGUCGAUUCGAUGAUUUCGGUGCACGCUGCAUGUUUGGAGCAGAUGAUUGAGCAAGCCUGCCUGGGGAGCAAGCUGGCACCCAUACGGGAGCGGAUUCUGGAUAUUCUAGAUCUCACUAUCAAGUUGGAAUUAGCAAGAGAGGGAAAAGCUGCGAUGGACGGAUCCGAGCCAUCUCACCUGUUUAGACGGGAACAUGAGAGCACAGAGGGGGCAACAACAGAAGAUGGGCUAACCAGCGAGGAUUAUAUACCUUUGCUGGAAGAGAUUAUCGCCGACUACAACAAACAUUUAAGCUUCAUUUGCUCAGAGCUGAAAGGCGCUGCGAGGGCCUCGAGCGAUACUCAGUCUGCGAAAUGGGACAUUUUGGCAGAUAUGCUGCAGGCGGGAGACAGAGGCAAGUGA